AUGUUCCCAACGCAACUGUCCGAUCAUAGUGCGCAACAAACCAAGGCCCUAACCGAUCGCAACAUGAGCCCCGGUGGGCAUCCGACCUAUGGGUCGGGUGCGCUGAAAACGCUCCUCUGUGUUCUGCUCCUGUCCCGCUCGGUUGUCCUGCACGCCCGGGCCCAGCAGACCCAACCACAGCAACAAUCGAACAAUGAUGCCACGCGCUACAGCAGUAACAACCCGCAGAGUAACCCGUUCGGGCGACAGUACGACAAUCCACCGUUUCAAAGCGGCGGCCAGUACGAUCCGAAUACGUCGUCCCGGCAGAACCAAGGCUUCGGAAGUGGUGCUGGUGGCCUACCGCCAACAUCCGGUACGAACUAUCAGCCCAACUACUACAACGGCAACAACAACUUCAACAACCGCGACUCGAACAGCAUCGACAACCGGUUCGAUCCGGAGAACCGGAACAACGUGAUCUUCCAGUCGACCACCCCGCGCGACUACUUCUUCAACAACCGCCAAACGACGACCCGGCCGCGCGUCAGCUUCAACCGCAACCCGCUGGUCAAGGAUUACGGUGCCGGUAAUCAGUUCUCGCGUGGCAUCACGUACUUCAUCGUCGCCUCGAAGAUGGUGCGCCCCGGACAAGUGUACAAGGUGUCCGUGUCGGUGCUGGAGUCCCGGCUGCCGAUCAGCAUCCGGGCCAGUAUUUCGCGGGACGGCGUGGAGAUGAGCAGCGAGACGAAACCGAUCACACCGGGAGUGCCGGAGUCACUGCUGAUGCGAGUCCCGCCGACCAGCGUGGUGGGCGAGUACAAGCUGCGGGUCGAGGGUUCGCACGACAAGAACUUUGGCGGUUACGUGUUCGCCAACGAGACGAAGCUGAUCUUCUCCCAGCGCUCGAUGACGAUCUUCGUGCAGACGGACAAACCGGUGUACAUGCAGGGGGAAACGGUGCGAUUCCGGGCCAUUCCCAUCACGACCGAGCUGAAGGGUUUCGAUAGGGAGAUGGACGUGUACAUGCUCGACCCGAACGAACACAUCAUGCGCCGCUGGUUGUCACGGCAGUCGAACCAGGGUUCGGUUAGCUUGCAGUAUCAGCUAUCCGAUCAGCCGGUGUUCGGUGAUUGGACGGUACGGAUCCAGGCGCAGGGUCAAACGGAGGAGGCCGUCUUCAGCGUCGAGGAGUACUACCAGACCCGGUUCGAGGUGAACGUCACGAUGCCGGCUUUCUUCUUCAACACCCAGCGCUACGUGCAUGGGCGCAUUAUGGCCAACUUUACGAACGGUACACCGGUGAAGGGUAAUCUGACGCUGAAGGCUACGAUCCGACCGAUCGGUUGGUUCAACCCGCAGGCCAUCAAUCAGAUGCACCGCGUAGGCAAUCUGGGUCGCUUGACGAACCUUGCCAGCCAGAACGUGCCGUACUAUCUGCAGAAAUCGAACCCCGACCUGCUGUACAACAAUCCCCAGAAUACCUUCACGAGCACGGUGAACCGUGACCAGGCUGGCGGGAUCAGUGGGUAUGAGACUAACCAGAACUACGACGGUGGGCGCUAUCCUACGUCGUCGUCAUCCGGUAGCUUCCAGGAUUCGUACGUCAUCGAGCGGCACCUAAACUUCGACGAAGAGUGGCCCUUCUGGGUGAAGAAACCGAUCGAAACGGACGCCCAGUGGGACUCGUGGACCAACACGUACCGGGAAAGCUUGCCGUUUUUGCGCUACUUCAACGGUACCUACCAUUUCCGGUUCCCGAUGUCCGAAUUGGCCCAGCUCGUUCCCAAUCUGUCCGGUAUGGAGAUUCUGUUCACGGCGCGCGUCGGGGAGCGGUUCUACGACGAGGUCGUGGAAGGUUACGCCCUGACCCGCGUCUACAACUCGUCGAUCCGUAUCGCGUUCCUUGGCGAUUCACCUCAGGUCUUCAAACCAUCGAUGCCAUUCACCGUGUAUUUGAUCGCGGAAUAUCACGACGGAUCACCGCUGCCACUGAGUAUGUACAACCCGGGCCGGAUGGAGGUUUCGGGUUCGAUCGACAGCCGCGCAUCGGGUGGACGGAACACACUGGAACCACGGCUCCUGCACAUGUCGGAAAAGGCGGGCGUUUGGGAGAUGAAGAUCGACAUCCGCAACGAUCUGAACCUCGAAAAUACGAAGCAAACGACGGAGUUUCUGAACGAAAUUCAAUCGAUGCGCCUGACUGCGACCUACGAAGAUCCGUUCGGGGAGCGGGCGACCACCGAGCUGCUGCUGCUGUCCCACUUUUCGCCCAAGAACCACAACAUCAAGGUGUACACGAGCACCACCGAUCCGAAGGUGGGCGAGUACAUAACGCUGCACGUGCAGAGCAACUUCUACCUGAAGGCGUUCGACUAUCUGGUCAUGUCGAAGGGCAUCAUUCUGAUCACGGGGCACGAGAACAUGGACGGUGGCGUGAAGACGAUGUCGAUUACGCUCAGCGCAGAAAUGGCACCGGCGGCCACGAUCGUCGUGUGGCACAUUGGCCGAUACGGUAAGCUGCUGGCCGACAGUCUGACUUUCCCGGUGAACGGGAUCUCGCGCAACAACUUCACCGUGUACAUCAACAACCGGAAGGCGCGCACCGGCGAGAAGGUGGAGGUGGCAAUCUACGGCGAACCCGGCUCGUACGUCGGUCUGUCCGGUAUCGACAACGCGUUCUACACGAUGCAGGCCGGAAACGAGCUGACGUACGCGAACGUCAUCUCGAAGAUGCUCUCGUUCGACGAGCACACCAACGGAACGUUCAAGAAAACGUGGAUGUCACACGAGGGCGAUCCGGACGAGCUGGUGUACUACCCGGCGUCGACCUUCGGUAUUGAUGCGAACCGGACAUUCGAAUACGCGGGCCUGAUCGUGUUCACCGACGGUAUUGUUCCGUUGCGUCCGUCCGCCUGCGAUCGUACACUCAACUAUAGCGAGUGCCUUAACGGGCGGUGCUACCGGAAUGACAAACGGUGCGAUGGUUACAUGGACUGUGAGGAUGGUACGGAUGAGGCCGGGUGCCACAUGCGCAACGAAACGCAGCUGCUCGAGUUCCGCAAGUACCGCUUCAACCGUAUCCUGCGCCAGUACCAGAACGUGUGGGUCUGGAAGGACGUCAACAUCGGGCCGCACGGAAGGUACAUCUUCAACCUGGAGGUUCCGAAAACUCCGGCCCUGUGGUCGGUGUCGGCGUUCGGUAUUAGUGGGACGCGCGGUUUCGGAAUGAUCCGGCGGCCGAUCGAGUACGUCGGCAUUCAGCCGUUCUUCAUCAACGUCGAAAUGCCGACCAAGUGUCACCAGGGCGAACAGGUCGGUAUCCGUGUGGCCGUGUUCAACUAUCAAACGGUGGACAUCGAGGCCACGGUCGUACUGCACAGCUCACCCGACUACAAGUUCGUGCACGUCGAAGAGGACGGUAUCGUGCGAUCGUACAACCCCCGGACCUCGUACGGAGAGCAUCAGUUCUACAUCUACCUGAACGCACAGGAUUCCGCCAACGUGUACCUCCCGAUCGUACCGACGCGGCUCGGUGAGAUUGAGGUUACGAUCCACGCUUCCACGUUGCUCGGGGCAUCGCAAAUCAGCCGCCAAAUUACGGUCGAAGCGGACGGGCUGCCCCAGUACCGGCACCAGUCGAUUUUGCUCGAUCUCCGCAACCGUGCCUACCUGGUGCAGUUCAUGCACGUCAACGUCACCGAAACACCGAUCAUUCCGUACGAAAUCGAUCGCUACUAUGUGUUCGGUUCGAACAAGGCCCGCAUUUCCGUGGUGGGCGACGUUGUCGGAGCGAUCUUCCCGACGAUGCCGAUCAACACGACGUCCCUGCUGACGCUGCCGAUGGAUGCGGCCGAGCAGAACAUGUUCAGCUUCGCGGCCAACUUUUACACGAUCAAGUACAUGCGCGCCAGUACGCUGCGGGACAAGAAAACGGAACGGGAUGCGUUCCACUUCAUGAACAUCCUCUACCAGCGCCAGCUCAGCUACCUGAUGGAGGACGGCGCGUUUUCGUUGUUCCGUGCGGACUGGAACCAAUCGGCCCCGUCCGUGUGGCUGACGGCGUACUGUGCGCAGGUGUUCGGCGAGAUGGCCGGCCAGUACGAGUACGAGAACUUUAUCUUCAUCGACCCGACGAUGAUCCAGAAGAACAUGCGCUGGCUGCUGCGCCACCAGAAGGAGGACGGUUCGUUCUGGGAGGUGUCGUGGAUGCCCGAUCGAAAGGCUAACCAUUCCGGAUUUUUCUCCCGCAACGAGCUGGUUCGCGAGAAGAACAUUACGCUGACGGCGCACGUUUUGAUUACACUGACCACGGUUACGCUUCCAUCGGGGAAAUUGGCCUCCAGAGUGGCGCUGGCACAGCAACGGGCGGUACAGUACUUGCAGAGGAACGUAGCAUCGAUUAAGGAUGCCGGUUCGACGUACGAAAUCGCGAUCGUCGCGUACGCCCUUAUGAUAGCGAAGGCACCGAAGGCGGAAGCCGCUUUUACGAUGCUAUCGUUCAAGAUGAGAUCGAUCGGUGAAUUCAAUUACUGGGGCGAAGAGGAAGUGCCAUUGCCGCCGACAAAGCUGGAAAAUCAGCGUUACUUCUCGUUGCCCCGCUUGCCGUACAAAUACGACUCGCUGAACAUCCAGGCUACGGCUUACGCGUUGCUCACGUUCGUCUCGCGCCAGGAACUGCACGUCGAUCCGAUUGUGGCGUGGCUGAACGCUCAGCGGUUGAUGGACGGUGGAUGGGCUUCCAGUCAGGAUACGGGUCUGGCGAUGAAAGCUCUCACGGAGUACAGCACCCGAAACCGCGUUUCCAACGUGACGCAGCUCGCCAUCAAGGUGGAAGCCACAUCGUUGCCCGGUGAAACGAGACACCUGCACAUCACGAGAAAGACCCUCGCCCAGCAGCAACAUUUGGAAGUUCCCAACGCUUGGGGUACGGUGCGAGUAGAGGCCACCGGUGUUGGUUACGCCAUAUUGCAAAUGCACGUUCAGUACUCGGUCGACACGUACAAAUUCCAAACGCAACCACCAGUUCCGGCGUUCGAUCUCACUACCCGCACGAUCUUCCACGGCAGGAAUCAGUCGCACAUUAGCUACGUCAUUUGCCAGAGAUGGACCAACACAGCCGAAUCGAUACGCUCGGGAAUGGCGGUGCUGGAUGUGGCCGUACCGACCGGCUACAUGAUCCAGCAGCAGAAACUCGACUCGUACAUCCUCAGCCAACGUGUCCGCAACCUGCAGCGCGCCCGUUACCAGGAACGGAAGGUGCUCUUCUACUUCGACUACCUGGACGAUGAAUAUGUUUGCGUAAACUUCACGCUGGAACGCUGGAUGCCGGUAGCCAACAUGUCCCGCUAUCUUCCGAUCCGUGUUUACGACUACUACGCACCAGAACGCUUCAACGAAACGAUCUUCGACUCGCUGCAAACCUAUCUGCUGAACAUUUGUGAAGUCUGCGGUAGCUCCCAGUGUCCGUACUGUUCGAUCUACAAUCUUGCCACCCGGUCGCCCGUUUCGAUCGCACUGAUGCUGCUGACCGGGCUCGUUAUCGUUGCCCGGCACUAUCGAAUAGUGCAUCCAAACAGUUGGAUUUUCUGGCACGACUAAAUGCGUGAAGCACGCAGCCUUACCGCUAGACCGCGCGUGCACCCACCGAAAAGACCCGUGGUGUGACCCGUGGUGAAAAGACGUGUAAAGAACACUUUUGGGAGGUAAGAACAAAAAUCGUAUUUGGUGUGCUUUUCGUUUCACUUUAUGAGCAAUAUAAUUCGUCCGCGAAUGCGUUCCACAGAAGCUUGACCAGUGGAGCGUCUGUAAAUACUAUUAUUUUGCCGUUUUUUUAAACAAUGUCCAAAAAGAAUCCUACGGAAUCUCUUGGCAAGAAUCUUCAAUGAAGUGCUAGCGCAGACACUAGGAAACGGUCGAAACAUACUUUGAAAAGCAUCUGAAUUAACUCUAGGCUCUAGGAUUACUGUGAACUUUGUUGCGUCCGUUUUUUAUGUAUUACUUUUUUCGUCCAUUUUUUAUAAUCAAGAACCUCGGAUGAGGAUAGAAGGAGAAAGUUUUGCAUGCACCGAUGCGCUCAUGCCAGCCACGUAUAAAGCAGUUGAAGCAGAGAAGGAUCUCUGCAGGAUCUAAUUUUAGGGAAUGAAGAAACGAAUCCAGGAUCAUUCGUGAGAGACACUUUAUAUGGCGAACAAUUGCAAACCCAUCACCAUUAGAAGAAUAUGAACCCAUUUUCGAACCACAGACGCGCCCGUCAAAGACUAGAAUUUAAGACGAAAGGCGAGUGACAAAGAAAGAAAUGUAUGAUGCUAGCUAAUAUUUUUUGUGAAUCUUUUGUAGGUUCUGCUUAACACUUUUUUCACAUUAUUUGACAUCAUUCUCUUUUUGUCUGUACAUCAUCUGCCAGUACUGGACCGUUUUCUUUAAAUUUACUUUCCGCGCCACACUCUCGUUUUAGUAUCUAAGUUCCACCAUCUUAAAAAAAAUCGAGUAAAGAUUAGCGAAUCUCGAAGCAAAGCAAAAGGCCGUCCAUUAUGAUUCUGGUCAUAAAUAAAUCGUUCCACGUUCUCGAUUUACCUAUUUCUUAAUUUUAUAUCUUUUUAAUUUCGUUUUUUAUUACACGCGUUUACAUGUUUAGUAUUGAAGUAGGUUGAAAUAUUGUGGCGUAAAGUGAAGCAGAGUGGAAAUCAAGUUAAAUAAUUGUCCUGCAAUGAUUCAUAACGAGAACUACGUAUGUGUGUUCAGUCGAAGAGCCUAAACAAGCACUCAGGUGAACUCAGGAGGAGAAUGAAAAUCUUCUUUCGAUGAGCCAGCAGAUUGUGUAGUGGUGGUGCUGUAUUAGCCAAUUUGCGAAAGCACGAAGAGAAAUAUUUACGAACGAAUGAUACAAAUUGUUAAGGUGCCUUAGCGUCGUGCUCAUUACACCAAGACCUCCGACCUCUGAGAUCCCUCAGGAGGAGUAUUUUUGAAGAACAGAUAAAGUGGUUCUAAUAAUCGUGUAAUAAUCAACCCGGAAACGGAACCACACGUGUCCAGGUUAGGAUGAAUUUUUGAAAAGCAUUUUUCUUUCAGUAAGCCGCGCAGUUACUACCAUCACCAAAUGGUGCACAUAGAAAUCGUAGCAAGCAUUUGCGUUCAUAUCAUCGCGGAAAAAAGUAUUAACGAUCGAAGUGAAUUUUUCGUCAACAAUGAAAUUGUGAGU